AUUGGACGAGAGACAGGCCGAAGCACACGCGACGCCUGUUGUGAUUCGGGUUUUGUCUCGCCCUCUUUGUGAAGCUUCAAGAGAGACAGAGAAAGGGAGAGAAAGAGAGGGAGACGGAGAGGGACAGAGAGAGAGAGAGGAGUGAAGGAACAGUAGGAGUGGUGGAGUCUUGUGAAAAAGAGGAAGGUUUCGGGGCAUUGGUGUUUGAUUUGGUUCUAUCUGGGCUGACGCUACCACCACCACCACCACCACUACCACUACUGUUGCUGCUAUCACCACUACCACCACCACCACCGCCGCUACUGUCAUUGUCGCCACCAUUGCCCACAACGACGCAGUGUUUGAUGGUCGGGUAGGGGCGGCGCAGGAGGCGAGAUGUCGUCGCGCGAGGACCCUCUGCGGCAGUUCGAGACAGGCCGCAUCCAGCACCUGAGGGAGGAGCGUCUCGGCAUCCAGAAGAAGACCUUCACAAAAUGGAUGAACUCCUUCCUCGUCAAGGCCCGGCUGGAGGUGGUGGACCUCUUCACCGACCUGGCCGAUGGCAAGAUGCUGCUCAAGCUGCUCGAGAUCAUCUCCGGCGAGAAGCUCGGCAAGCCCAACAACGGCAAGAUGCGGGUCCACAAGAUUGAGAACGUGAACAAGUCGCUCGCUUUCCUACACACCAAGGUUCGCCUGGAGAGCAUUGGCGCCGAGGACAUAGUGGAUGGCAACCCGCGCCUCAUCCUCGGCCUCAUCUGGACCAUCAUCCUCCGCUUCCAAAUUCAGGAGAUUGAAAUUGACGUGGAUGAGGAGAAUGAAAGCAGCGAGAAGAAAUCCGCCAAAGACGCCUUGCUGUUGUGGUGUCAGAGGAAAACUGCCGGAUACAGGGGCGUGCAAAUUGAAGACUUCUCUCGGUCUUGGAGGGAUGGUCUUGGCUUCAAUGCACUCAUCCACGCCCAUCGUCCUGACAUCAUCGACUACAACUCCCUCAUCCAGAAGAAUCACAUUGACAACCUCAACAAUGCCUUCACUGUCGCAGAGACCCACCUGGGCAUUGCCAGUAUUCUGGACGCAGAAGAUGUGGAUACCAACAAGCCCGACGAGAAGUCCAUCAUCACCUAUGUUGCCUCUUACUACCACACCUUUGCCCGCAUGAAGAAUGAACUGAAGGGAUCCAAGAGAAUUGCCAAUAUCAUCACUCAGCUGAAGGAUGUGGAUGACCUCAAACUUAAGUAUGAGAAGAUCCUCACAUCCCUUCUGGAGUGGAUCAUCCGUAAGAUUGUAGAGUUGGACAGCAGGAAGUUCCCAAACUCCCUGGAUGGCAUUCAGAAACUUCUCCUCCAAUUCAAGAAAUAUAGGACUGAGGAAAAGCCACCCAAGUAUAAGGAGAGGAGUGAGAUCGAAGCACUGUUCUUCUCCAUCAAUGCAAGUCUGAAGGCACUCAACCAGCCUGUGUAUGUCCCCAAGGAUGGCCAGUUGAUACACGACAUAGAGAGGGAAUGGAACAAACUGGAAAAGGCUGAGCAUCGCCGUGAAGUGGCUCUCAGAGAUGAGCUACUGCGACAGGAGAGACUUGAACAGUUGGCAUACAAGUUUGACAAAAAGAGUGUCCUCCGCAAGGGUUACCUGGAGGAGAUGAUCCAGGUGCUGAGUGACUCGCGCUAUGGCAGCAACUUGUCCCAGGUGGAGGCAACCGUCAAGAAGCACGAGGCCAUCAGCGCUGACAUCCUGGCAAGGCAAGAGAGGUUUGAGGACCUGACCAAGAUGGCAGAUGAGUUGGACAUCGAGAACUACCAUGGCAAGGAAGCAAUCCGUAAGAAGGAGAAGGAUAUCCUGAAGAAGUGGAGUGACUUGCUGGAUCUCCUCAACAAGCACAAGACUUACCUCCACAAUUGCUGCAUCCUGGUGGCCAUCAUGAGGGAGGUGGACACCAUCACUGCCUCCAUCAAGGAGUUGGAGGCAAACUUCUGUUCUGACGAUGUAGGGCGCCACUUGCUUGCGGUAGAGGACCUACUGCAGAAACAUGCCCUGAUGGAGUCACAGGUACACUCCAUGGGGGAGACAAUCAAGCGCCUUAACAAGCAAGGUGAGGCAUGCAUGACUUCCAACCUCAAAGAUGCACCACUGCUGCAGAAGAGGUUGCAGGAGCUGAACCAGGGCCAGCGUGCACUCCUGAAGAAGGCGGCUGAGAGGAGACUCAAGCUGGAAGAGGCAAGGGAUCUCUUCCAGUUUGAAGUGGACAUGGAGGAAGAAGAAGCUUGGGUCAUUGAGAAGCAGAGGAUUUGCCUGGCAGGUGUGAUAGCCAAGGAUAUUGGGGCAGUCAUCUCCCUCCAGCAGAAGCACAAGGCACUGGAGGACGAGAUGUGUGCCCGCCGCCCCAAGUCGGAGAAGGUGAUGAGGUCUGGCGAGGCUCUGAUGAGGGCCAGCCACCCAGACUCCAAGGCCAUCAGUGAGCGCAUCGGGGCACUCAAAGAGAAGUGGCGGCUGCUGGAGCAGUAUGUCAAUGACCGCCGCCGACAGCUGGAAGAUGCUGCUGAGGCCUGCUUGUUCAAUGCAGAUGCCAAUGAGGCUGAGUCGUGGAUCAAAGAGAAGGUACCACUGUGCCAGUCGACGGAUUAUGGUGAGGAUGAACCAAGUGGCUUGGCACUGCUGCAGCUCCACGCCCGCCUGGAAGAGGAGAUCAAGUCAUAUGAUGGCGACAUCAAGGCCAUCAACUCUCAGGGGCAGAAGCUCAUCAAGUCAGGAAUAUCAGCCUUGAACCUGAUGGCGCAGCAGCAGAGUGUUGGGGAGGAGGAGGAAUAUGAGUGGGUGGACGAGGUGAAGAUGGUGCCUCAGGAGGUGAUGGUGGAAGAGGUGGUGGAGAAGAUGGAUGAAGUGUUUGUUACCGAGCAGAGAGAGAUGCCCACAGUGAUCUCUCGUUACCCAUUCCAGGGGCAGGGCAUGAGCAUGGUGAAGGGAGAGACGAUGUUCCUAUUGAGCAAGACUAACAAUGACUGGUGGAAUGUGCGCAAGGCCAACGGGGAGGAAGGCUUCGUUCCGGCUAACUAUGUGCGGGAGAGCGAGCCAAGGAAGAUCAACGUGCGGGUGAAGAAGGAGGUGAAGGCGCCGGAGAAGCGGAUGGUGCCCAGGACAAGGAUGGUCAAGAAGACAGAGAGAGUCAAGAAGCGGAAACCUAAAGCGCCACCACGAAGGCGAGGGUUUGAGGAGCCAGAGACAGUUGAGAAGCGUCUGCAGGCCAUCAACUCCUCGUAUGGCCACCUGUGUGACCUGGCGGGCAAGCGACACCUGUACCUGGAGGAGUCCAUCAAGCUGUUCUCCUUCAUGCGGGAGUGCCAAGGCUUUGAGACAUGGAUGAGGGAGAAGGAGAAGCUGCUCAAGGUGGAUGACAAAGGAGACAAUGUGGAGGCUGCCAAGAAGAAGUUUGAGCAGUUCCUCACUGACCUGUCUGCUGCUAGUAAGAGAAUUGACAUCAUUGACAAGAUGGUGAAGGACUUUGAGGACACCGGACACAGCCAGCUGGAGAAGAUCAAGAAGCGACAGAAGCAGAUCCAUGACCAGUGGGCGCACCUCAAUCGCCUCAAGCAGCAGAAAGAGCUGAGCCUGAAGGGGGCAUCCAGUGUGGAGCUCUUCCACCGCACCUGUGAUGAGACCAGGGACUGGAUGCUGGAGAAGAUGGAGAAGCUGGACACAGAUGAGUUAGGCCGUGACCUUAAGACAGUACAGUCACUCCAGCGCAAGCAUGACCAGCUGGAGAGGGAGCUUGCCCCUGUGGAGGAGAAGGUGCGGCGUGUGAAUCUCUUGGCUGACUCAGUGAAGGCAUCGUACCCACGAGAGCGACAUGCUGUGGAGGCACGGCAGGAGGAGGUGCAGCAGUACUGGGGACAGCUGAAGGGCAAGGCAGUGGAGAGAAGGAAUAGACUGGAGGAAGCUGUUGGUCAGCAGAUCUUCCUCAACUCUGCCAAGAGUUUGUUGAAUUGGGUUGGAGAUGUCAAGAACGAGUUGAAUUCCAACGAGCCAGCUCGGGACGUCACCACAGCAGAGAUCUUGCUCAAGAGUCACCAGGACCUUGGUGAUGACAUCAGAGCUCACCAGGAUGAGUUCAGUGAACUGAGUCAACUUGGAGAAAAACUGUUGAAGAGGAAUCCUGAUUUUGCUGAAGUGAAAGAAAAGAUGGCACAGCUUGGAGAGGAGCAGCGUGCCAUCCAUCGUGGCUGGCAGGAGAAGGGCGACUGGCUGAGGCAGUGCAUGGACCUUCAGCUCUUCAACAGAGAGGCUGACCAGAUUGAUGCCGCAACGAGCUCACACGAAACCUUCCUGGACUAUAAGGACCUUGGCAGCACUCUGGAUGAUGUGGAGGCACUCAUGAAGCGACAUGAUGACUUUGAGAACACGCUGAUGGCACAGGAUGAACGGCUGCGUGCCUUUAGUGAGAUGGCAGACAAGCUGAUCACCGCUGAGCACUAUGAGGCAACAUACAUCAAUGAGCGCAGGAACCAGGUGCGGGACAGACGAGCCUCAGUGAAGGCCAGGGCUCAGGCCAGGCGGGAGCAGCUGAACGGCUCAGUGGCCUACCAACAGUUCAAGGCUGAUGCUGACGACUUUGACAAGUGGAUGGGAGACAAGAAGAAGAUGGCAGAUGAUGAGUCAUACCGAGACCUUAGCAAUCUGGAGAGAAAGAUCCAGAAGCACGAGGCAUUUGAGAGGGAGCUGCAUGCCAACGAGGGUCAGCUACGGCGCCUCAACAAAACUGGCCAGGAUCUGAUUGGAAUGAAGCACUAUCAGUCCCGGGACAUCCAGAAGACCUUGGACGAUCUAAACAAGAAGUGGAAGGACCUGUGCUCCAAGACAGAGGACAAAGGCACCAAGCUGCGGCAGGCCAACAACCAGCACACCUACAACAAAGACCUUGAAGAGACAGAGAAGAACCUGGAGGCCUUGGAGUCUGCUCUCAAUAACAAGGAUGUGGGCUCUGACCUUCACUCCUGCAAGGACCUCAUGAAGAAACAGAACAACCUGGAUAAUGACUUGAACACAAUGGAACGGAAGAUUAGUGACCUGUGCAACACUGGGGACCAGAUGGUGGCCGAUGGACACUUUGAUUCAGACAACAUCAAGGCCUCCUGUGUUGCUGCCAAGAAGAGAUUCAAUAAUCUGAAGGACCCAGCAGCACGCCGAAGAGCAGCCCUUGAGGAGUCGCUACGGUGGCAUGAGUUUAACUUUGAGGUGGAUGCUGAGAUGCAGUGGAUAAAAGAGCACAUGACUCUGGCAACCUCCACAGUAUUGGGACAAAAUUUGCAUGAAGCUCAGACUCUGAAUAAGAAGCACAUCAAGCUGAAAGCAGAGAUUCAGGGUCAUCAGCCACAGAUUGACAAAUGUUUAGCCAAGGGGAAAAAGCUGUGCGAUGAGCACCAUCCUGAGAAGGGCCUGGUGUCAGGUGUGCAGUGGCCAAGGGGCCAUUCAGUGCACUGGACACCUCGUCAAUCAUCAUCCUCGUAUACUAAACGUCACCGGCUUGCCAAGUCCCCACAACGCUACCCUUACAAUAUGUACACUCCACCACCACUUAACCAAGCCUUCAACUCUCUGUCUUGCCGCACUGAGCAUGCACAUUGUACCUGUCAGCCUCGGCGACUUGAGCAGAUUGUGCAGAGGUGUGAGGAGCUUCAGGAGGCAUGGAAUGACUUGCUAGCUGAAGCCAAUGAAAGGAGCAGGAAGCUGGAGCUGAACCUGAAGGCACAACAGUACUUCUUUGAGGUGACAGAGGUGGAGGCUUGGAUGAAUGAGAAAAGGAACAUUCUGCAGACCAAAGAUUAUGGGAAGGAUGAGGAUGUUGCUAGAAAACUCCUCGCUAAGCACAAGGCACUGGAGCUUGAGAUGGACACCUAUAGUGGUAUUGUGAAGGAAAUGGGCACAAUGGCAGAGUCCAUGAUAAAAUCUAGUCACCCAGAGUCCAAGCUUAUAAAGGACCGACAGCAGAUGCUGAACCAGGAGCUGAAGGACCUGCAGAAACUAUCAGCAAACCUGCGGCAAAAGCUGAUGGCCUCCAUGUACCGGCAUGAGUAUUUCCGAGAGGCAGAGGACCUGGAGAAAUGGAUCACUGAGCAGAUGCAGACAGCCACCUCGGAGGACUUUGGCCAUGAUUAUGAACACCUUCUGCUUCUGCAAGCCAAAUUUGAUGACUUCAAGCACCGAGUAGAGGCUGGCUCAGAGCGCUUCAAGCAGUGCGAUGAGCUUGCCAAGAAACUCAUUGCUAAUGAAAGUCCCUAUGCGUCAGUGAUCGACAGGAAACAGGAGCAACUAAGUAAGGGAAGCCCAUCUUCUUCCCCCACUAAAAGUCAAGAUCCAGCCACCCAGGUCACAGCAUAUCAUAAGCAAGUUCGGGCUGCUUGGAAUAGUCUCCUGGAGCACAUUGAGGCCCGGGACCAGAAGCUGGAGGCUGCUGGAGAAAUCCACAGGUUCAAUCGUGACGUGGCUGAGGCACUGGCCAGAAUACAGGAGAAGUUCAAAUCCAUCCCUGAGGAGCUGGGCCGUGAUGUGCAGUCUGUCCAGUCACUCCUGCGCAAACAUGAAGGAUUUGAGAAUGACUUGGUGGCCCUUGAGGCACAGCUCCAGGUUCUUGUGGAUGACUCGGCACGGCUGCAAGCUGCCUACCCUGGAAGCAAUGCAGAGCAUAUAGCAGAGCAGCAGGCACUUGUGGUGGAGAACUGGAAUGUCCUCCAGGAUAAGGCCUCCAAGAGGAAAGAGCAAUUGCUUGCUGCUGCUGAUCUCCAGAAAUUCCUUGCUCAUUCCCGAGACCUGAUCAGCUGGUCCAGUGACCUGCGGGCAACCAUGAAGGCGGAGGAGAAGGUUCGGGAUGCUGCCAGCGCUCAGGGUCUCAAGACGGAGCAUGAGCGCAUCAAGGCAGAGAUUGAGGCACGGGAGGAUGAGUUCAGCCGAGUUGUGGAGUCUGGUGGCAACAUGAUAGAGGAGCAGCACUAUGCCAGCAGCGAGGUGGAGGAGCGGGUCAACAAGGUCCUGGAGGAGAGGAGUCAGCUGCAUGCUGCCUGGCAGCACAAGAAGGUUUACCUUGACCAGCUCAUUGACCUCCACUUCUUCCUGAGAGAUGCCAAACAGCUGGACACCAUCAGCAGCUCCCAGGAAGCCUACCUCUCAACAGCAGACUUUGGCAACACCAUUGAGCAAGUGGAUGCACAGGUGAAGAAACACGACGCCUUUGAGAAGCUAGUGCUGGCUCAGGACGAGAAGCUUGAUACGCUGAAGAACCAUGGCUCAAAACUGAUUGAACAGAAUCACUUUGACUCGCCACACAUCAAGAAGCGCGUGGACGAGGUGGUGCAGCGGCGGGACCGAGUCAAGGACAGCUCUAAAGCUCGCAAGCGUCAGCUAGAAGAUGCACUUCUCUACGCUCAGUUCAUUCGUGAUGUCCGUGAUGCAAAUAUGUGGAUUGAUGAGAAGGCAAACCACCUGGAUGCUGACAAACUGAAAGGAGAUGUUACAAGCUUUGAUGACAAAGUUAGGAAACUCCAGAAGCACCAGGCAUUCCUGGCUGAGCUUCAGGCACAUGAAUGCAGCAUCAAGGAGAUAACUGACAAGGGAGCUAUGCUGAUCAACAAGCGGCACAAGUCAGCAGCACAAAUAAAGGAUGAGCUGGACCACCUGGUGGAGCGCUGGACACGGCUGGUGCUGGAUGCCGAGAGUCACUCCCGUGGCCUGGAGGAAGCCCAGGACAUCUUAGAGUUCAACACUCAGAUUGAAAAAGUUGAUGCUUGGAUAAGGGACAAGGAGAUGAUGGUGCAAGUGGGUGACCUAGGGAAGGACUAUGAGCACUGCAUGGCUCUGCACCGCAAGCUUGACGACGUGGACUCAGACAUGCGCGUUGAUGAUGCAAGGUUCACCAACAUCAACAAGCUAGCAGACAAGAUAAUCAAGCAAGGCUGCAGUGACAACAAGUCUGUGCAGCAGCGCAAGAAUGAUCUUAACCACAAGUGGCAGGCACUGAAGGGAGCCAUCGACCGUUACAGAGCAGACUUGGAAGGUGCUCUUGAGACACAUGCAUUCAAUAGAGAUGUUGAUGACACAAAGGAUCGCAUCAGUGAGAAGGCCGUCAUCUUAGCUAAUGAGGACACUGGGAAGGACUUGAUGCAGGUGGAGACUUUGCAACGCAAGCAGGAGACCAUCAUCAGGGACAUGUCUGCCAUUGAGAAGAAGAUCAAGGAGCAUGAAAAGAAUGCCCACAACCUGUCUAGGAAAUACCCAGCCAAAAAAGACCCAAUCAUCAAGAAGCAGGCAGAGGUACUGGAGGCAUGGUCCCAACUAUGUGAGCGGUCCCAUGGCAGAAAAGACCAGCUCACUCACUCCUACACAAUGCACAAGUUCCAGGCUGACCUAAGGGAGUUGGAAAGGUGGGGCGAGGACAUUGUGAGUCGCAUGAAUGCCUCCCCACUCCCCAACAAUAGUGCUGAGGCGGAGAUGCUUCUGCAGAGUCAUCAAGAAAUGAAGGUUGAAAUUGAUGGUCGAAAGGAUGUGUUCAAAGGACUGCAAAAGUUUGGCAAGGAACUUGUUGCCAAUGACCACUUUGCAAAGCAGACCAUUCAGCAGAACUUGGAAACAUUGUCAGAAAUUGAAAAUAAGGUGGUGGUGUUCUGGACUGAGAGGCAGAAGGUGCUGAAGCAGGCACACCAGAUGCAGGUAUUCCUGGAGAUGACAGAGCAAGCCAAGUCAUGGCUGGCUAGCAAGGAGGCAUUCCUUAACAACGAUGAUGUUGGGGAUUCCUUAGCCUCUGUGGAGGAGCUGAUCAAGAAACAUGAGGGCUUUGAGAAGACAUUUGAAGCGCAGGGGAACAAGAUAGAGCAGCUGGAAGCAUUUGCCAAGGACCUGCUGAACAACGACCACUAUGACAGUGAGGGCAUACGCAGGCGCCUCAAGGUGGUGUUGGAGAAACGGGAUGUUCUCAAGGAGAAAGCAACACUAAGAGCCAAGAAACUACAAGAAUCCAAAUCCCUCCAGCAGUUCCUCAGAAAUGUGUAUGAGGUGGAGGGCUGGAUAUCAGAAAAGUUGCAGGUGGCCUGUGAUGAGAGCUACAGGGAUCCCACUAACCUGCAAUCCAAGAUCCAGAAGCACGGUGCAUUUGAGGCUGAAGUGUUGGCUAAUUCUGGCCGAGUGAUGGCCGUGUCACAGGAAGGUGAAGGUCUCAUCAGCAAUGGUCAUUAUGCAGAACAAGAAAUUCAGGCUCGGUUAGAUGGCCUGGACACCCUCUGGAAACAGCUUCAAGAUUCAUCACUACUUAAAAAGGAAAGGCUUCAUGAAGCAUAUCAGGCAUUGCUCUUCAACCGAACACUGGAUGACUUGGAGUCUUGGAUUGAUGACACGGAGAACCAGCUGCAGUCUGAGGACCAUGGACGAGACCUCACUUCUGUCCAGAGCCUCCUCAAGAAGCACCAGCAGCUGGAGGCCGACAUUGCCGCCCAUCAGAGUGAGAUUGACCAGGCGAGGGAUGUGGCUCAGUCCUUUGCUACUGCCAACCACUUUAUGUGGGAGGACAUUACUGAUAGGGUUGAAGGAGUCACAAAAAGGUACAACUCUCUUCAUGAGCCCAUCCACAUACGGCGUGAAAACCUGGAGGACGCCAUGUUGCUGCAGCAGCUCCUCAGGGACAUAGAGGAUGAGAUGUUGUGGGUGGCUGAGAAAGAACCCCUUGCUGGCAGCCAGGACCUGGGUGCCUCUCUCACUGCUGUACAGAACCUACAAAAGAAGCACCAGGCCCUUGAAGCAGAGAUCCAGUCUCAUGAACCUGUGAUAAACACUGUUAAUAGUCGGGCACAACAAAUGAUCCGAUCUGGUCAUUUUGCCUCUGGUGACAUUGAAGCAAAGAUCAAGCAGCUGCUGGUGCAGUUGUCACAACUCAAGGACACGGCAAGUCUUAGACGACUGAGGCUUUUAGAUGCUGUGGAAUCCCAAAUGUUCUACAGUGAGGUGAGUGAGGCAGAGGCCUGGAUGAAGGAGAAGAAGCCACUGCUCACAUCACAAGACUUUGGGAAGGAUGAACUUUCUGUUGGGGCACUGACAAAGAAAUUGGAUAAUGUGUCCCGUGACAUGGAGGGUUUCAAGGCAACAGUGACCAAGCUGUCAACACUCUGUUUAAAACUGACUGAGAGAAAGCAUUUUGACAGUGAAAAUAUCUCUAAGAAAAUGCAAAAUGUUGAGCAGCAGUUUGCAGAACUACAGGUUUUGCUGGAGAAGCGAGCCAAGCGACUGGAGGAAAGCCGGAAGCUGUUUGUGUUUUUGCGGGAGAGUGAUGAAGUGGCUGAGUGGCUCAACGAGCAGAUGACAGUGGCCGCUAGCGAAGACUAUGGCCGUGACGUGGAGCAUGUGGAGAUACUCAUCCAGAAGUUUGAUUCCUUCCUGACUGUUCUGGCAGCCAGUGAAGAAAAGCUGAUCACUGUCAAAGCCAAGGCCAAGGUGCUGCUGGAUGAAAAACACCCUGAGCCAGCCAAGAUCCAGAACAAGGUUGACGAGCUGCAACAGCUGUGGGAGGACCUGAGAGAAUUGGCUAGUGCCCGGCAAGAGGCCCUUGCUGGGGCUAAGCAGGUUCAUGUUUUUGAUCGCAAUGCUGACGAGACCAUUAGCUGGAUAUCGGAGAAGGAUGCCUUCAUAUCAUCAGAAGAUUAUGGUCAUGACCUGGAGACCAUACAGAGCCUGGCAAGGAAGCACCAAGGCUUUGAGAGGGACUUGGCAGCUGUGAAGGAACAGGUGGAGUCUGUGGUGGAGGAAGCAAAGCGUCUGGCAGAGCUUUUCCCCGAUGCCCGAGAACACAUUGCAGUAAAGCAUGAGGAGACAGUGGAGGCGUGGAAUGAUCUACUGGACAAGUCUGCCCAGAGGAAAGACAAAUUGUACCAAGCAGAGAAAUUGCAGUCCUAUUUUGAUGACUACAGGGAACUCAUGGCUUGGUUAAGUGAAAUAUUGGCCAAAAUAACUGCACCAGACUUGCCGAAGGAUGUUCCUGGGGCCGAGGCAGUGAUCUCUCGCCACAGGGAGUACAAGACAGAGAUUGAUGCACGGUCAGAUGCCUUUGACAAGUUCUGUGCUGCCGGCAAUGCAUUAAUAGAUCAGGGGCAUUUUAUGGCUGAGGAAAUAGCAGAGAAGAUAGCUGUGCUAGAAUCUCGCCGGAAAUUCCUUCUUGAAACUUGGAAGACAAGAUACGACACCUAUGCACGGGUCCUUGACCUCAGGCAAUACAUGCGGGACAUUCAGGUGUUUGAGACGUGGAUUGAGUCUCGGGAGGCAGUGGUGAAGGAUGACCAGAUGGGCGAGUCUAUCCCAGAGGUGGAGGAAUUGAUUCGCCGCCAUGAUGAUUUCCUGAAAGCCAUUGAUGCGCAGGAGGACAAGCUGGACCCUAUCAAGAGGAUCACAAUGAUUGAAGCAGAUUUCCAGGCACAGAAGAAGCGGGAAGAGACGGCAAAGAGAGCGGAGGUUGCCAGAAAGGAGCAAGAGCGUAUGGAGAACAUGAAACGAAAGGAGGUUCAGCGUAUCACUGAUGAACGACGGCGUGAGGAUGAACGGCGUCGCACUCAGGAGAUCAAGUUCACAAAGGAGGACAUGGAGCGGGUGCGUCUAAACAUGAACGGAGAUUAUUCCAAGGUCCCGCCUUCCUCACGGGAACUUGACUCGCAGUCAAGUUCCAGCUCUGAGGCACCUGAGACAGCCACCACUCCUGAGGGUCACCCAAGGUACCGGAAACGUUCAAGCUCUCUGGGAGAGGUUCUCAUAAGGAAAAACCUCGAAGUUCCUGAGAGUGGUGGCCUCUAUCGUUCAGGCUCACAGACCAGCCUGAGCAGCUUAAAGAGAGGUAACAGCUUGCGUCAGGAGAUGCUAAGAACACACUCCCACUUUAACCGAGGUGUUGACCUUAAGAGGGCGGAGAGCAUGAAGGUGGACCUAAAGAAGGCCAAGCGCACACCCAGCUUCACCACUCGCCGCCGCACACAGAGCUUCCGCAAACACAAGCGCAUGGAAAACAUGGCCAACCUUCCUCCAGUGGAGAUUCAAGGUUACCUGGAGCGGAAACAAGAGCUCCAGAGUGGCGGGAAGAAGGCAACUAUCAGAUCGUGGAAGGGCUUCUACACUGUCCUCUGUGGUCAGCUCCUGUGCUUCUUCAAGGAUGAGGAGGACUUUUAUGACCAGAAGGCUGCCUCUCCUCCAAUAUCCAUCCAUCAGGCAAAGAUUGAAGUUGCUGGUGAUUACACAAAGAAGAAACAUGUGUUCAGAAUAAUCACAAGGGAUAAUGCUGAGUACCUUCUCUUGGCGGAGUCUGAGGAGAACCUGGAGGAGUGGGUGACCAAGCUGAAGUUCCAUGCCGAGCUGCCUCCCUCCAUGCAGCUCAUGUCCUAUGACAACCACAAGGAAGGGGAGGUGGGCAGCGAAAUGGUGGCAGUUCCUUCCCGUGACUCAGACAACUCAUCGGGUCACUCAACACCUGAAGUCCGCCACCGAGGGGCAGUCAGCUCCCAUCCCCAGGGCGCUGGAGGGGGCUUAGACCCAACCAGGCCACACUCUCAGGCCCUAGACAAUCCCCUCUAUGCCAAUUUGGAGCAUAUGCAGGAUAAGGCCAAGCCACCUGUACCACCAAGAGGAGGUUCCACCAGCAACCGCUCCUCUCGCUCCUCCUUGGGUGAGGAAGGACCAAUCUAUCAGAAUCGCAUCUCUGUUGUUCCUUCCUAUGAAGUCAGUGCUCCAGAGAACACCUACCAGAAUUAUCCUCCAGACAGACCCAAUGGCCACCGCAGGGAUUCAUCUGAAAACAUGAAUGGGGAGGACUUACCCCCCCUGCCUAGAUCAGCCCCACCACAUGUCAUGGCCCGGCCCCCUGUACCACCAAACCGGGCCAGGUAUGGCGAGCAGUCUUGGGUGGGUGUACCGCACCACCCUGGCAUGCCACCCCCUGGGGUGGCUCCCCACCACAGGCCACAGAUGGGGCACACAGUAGGCCACCACCACCAGGUAGCCCAGCACCCUACGAGCCACGUGACUCACUUCUCGCAGGUGUCACGUGUCUCACACCACCAGUACUCGUACACGCCACAGGGUUCAUCCCACCACCCAGACCUGACUGACGGUGUCCCUGGCAGCAGGCAGGUAGGACCCGUGAUCCACGUUGUUUCUCCAGGCGUAAGAAAUCCGUACUCCGAGUACACUUCCCGCACCAUGUCCCUGCCCCAGGGUAGUAGCCUUCCACCCACUGGCUCAGUCCACACAAGUAGUGGACCCACCCCUUCCCACCGCAACUCUGCCACCAUUGACCGACAGGGCCUUAGUGAGAGCUCCUCUGAGGGAGAUGUACCUGUGUCAACCAACAAGAAGGAAAAGGAGAAGAAAGGCUCUGUAUUCAAGUUCUUUGGGCGAAGAAAGGGUGCCCAAGUUUAGCCGUUCAUUUACCAAAUAUCUAUUUUUGUUAAGGAAAUUAUCAAAUAGCUAAUCUAAUUCAACCUGUGCCACGUAAGUAUAUACAUAUGAAAAAUAGGCUGUAAUUUUGGCUUCCUUCAAUAGAUAAUUAUCCUCUACCUUGCCUGUCAAACACAAUAUGUAUAGAGAAGCUGUACCUGAACAGCUUAACACUUUCCAUAUCUAUGGACUCUACAGACUGUAGUGUAUAGUGUGGCUCAGGUACAAACUUUGAAUGGUCAGACUACUGACCAUUAUCAGGCUGUGUUGCAGGGGGGUAUUUCAGUAUAUUUCUACUCUGUAUGUAACACUAUCUGUAUUUUCUGUGUGACUUGUGCUUGCUAUCACACCUCCACAUGCCUUAUGGUUAUGUGCUCUGUACUCUUCAAGUGCCUUCAUCCCUGGGCAAAAGUCAGGAAAAUAAAUGGUUUGAUUACACAACUGCCUCUUGUAAGACUAUCAAAAUGGAUAAUUUUUCAUACUUUUACUUCUUAGACUGUAAAUAACUUUAUAAAUAUUGUUUAAAUCAAAUUAUUUUGUUGAGAGAAGGAAGAGUGUAUGUGGAAAAGGUAUUAUGUGCUGCAAAUAAAAGUAAUAUUGAAAAUGAAAA